UACAACUCUAAUGCGUCCAUCGAUUCAUUGGUUGCCAGCAACACGGCUAUGUGGUUUUAGUUGAGCGAUAUGAUCGAGCAGGAGACCCGGGUCUGGUACUUGUGUUGUCACUACGUUUCCUAGGCACCUGCAGCGUAAUGUGGGCCUUCUUAAAUCGCGUCGUUGUUUUCUUGUACAUGCAAAUUCGUCCAACAAUCAAGUGGAUAAUGCGAAGUGUUACACACUUGUGUGAACUACAGCGUAUCUGCUACGGCACGGAACCGGGAUACCGACGGACCCGAGACUUGGAAUGGAGCAUGCAGAUGUCCCGCACAACGGCCAUUCGUGCAAUCUGCGAAAGACUCAAACAAAUGGCAGACGAAGGACGCUUUUCCAAAGAGCAGAGCAACAACGCCGUUGAGUGCGCCGUGAUGGGAAUCGCUUACAUCAAGAAGGUCAACCCGCAAAUCCACAGCGAGUUCAUCCGAUCUCUCCGAAGGAGCAUACUCCAGAUGUUCGGUUACAGGCACCUCAUGGUUCAAGUGGAACGCCUGCGUAAGGUGCAGUUCAUGGCGCAAGACCCCGACCACCUCAACAAACUCCUGAGGUUGUGGAAGCUUCUUCGUCCGGACGAGCAUCUUAUGGGACCGGUGUCGAAGCAGUGGACGACGAUCGGUUUUCAAGGGGACGAUCCGCGCACCGAUUUUCGAGGCAUGGGCAUGUUAGGUUUGGACAACUUGGUUUUCUUCGCCACGGAGUACACGGACGUAGCGCGACACGUGCUCUCCCAUUCUCAGCAUCCCGAGUACGGGUAUUCCUUCGCCAUCGUGGGAAUCAACCUGACGAGCCUGCUGUACCACCUGCUCAUGAAAGGCCAGCUCAAGUCGCACCUGUACAAUGCGGCCAGCGAACGGGCUCAGGUGACGGACUUCCACAGGACUUACUGUUACGUCUUCUUCGAGUUCGACAGGUUGUGGCUGGCGGAGAAACCCACGGACAUUAUGGAGUUCAACCGCAUCCGGGACAAAUUUGAGGACUACCUGUCUCAGAUGCUCGAGAAGGACAGCUGUCUGCUUAGGUUGAACGAACGCGUCAAAAUUGUUUGAGGCUAUUUUCAGCGAGACUGUGUUUCACGUACAUUGUCAGACAGUGCA